CAAAAAAUGGCUAAUGUAGUCAACUUUAAGCUACAACAAGUAGAAAACUCUGCUUCAAAAAUGAUUCGUAGAGGAACACUCGAAUUUACCAAAAAGAACAAGACCAUACAGACACCAGCCUGUAUGACUUAUACCCUUCGCGGUUCAGUACCUCACCUUGUUGCUGAUAAUUUGAAGUUAUUGCCUGUCGAACUUGCUCACAUCACUUUGGAACAAUUGUAACACAUAACAUGUUCUGAGGUUCAUAUCAAGCAUUGACACAUAUCUUUUUUUUUCUCUUUGUACAGUUUAGAACAAAAAGAGCCUUCUUCUUUUAAAUACCCUCAUGGUAUUCAUAAAUACCUGCAUCUUGAAGUAAAGACGUAUACUCUAAUUGUAAUCAAUACUUAUAGGCUUAAUAGAACUAUUUGAUCUUUUGUGAUAU